AUGGACUUGACAAAGGCUUCUUCUUACAACGAAUCCAAAGAAAAAAGUGGUUCUCCCCCAGGCAAGUUUAUCCCAAAUAGGAAAUAUGAUUCUAAAAUUUAGUUCAAUUCUACUGUAAGUUAGAAUCAACUUAAAGGCAUAUAGUUCACUAACUCCCUGAAUGGAUUCAUUUCCAGCGAGCAUUAGUCUGCUAACACUCUCAGAAACUCAGUGUCGCCAAUCAGCUUUGCUAAGGAUGAAAGAUUCAAACCAAUGAAAACAGGCGGCAUGCAGGCACCAUUUUAUGACCAUAGGGACACCUUUCAAAGAAAGCAGUCGCCUUAUAAGAAGGGGUGGGGAUUCGGUUAUAGUCAGAGAAAGACCUUCCAUGAAGCUGAAAUGAAGAGCUCGAUCCCAUCGCCUUAGAACUAUCACAAACCUGAGACAUCCCCAUUCUUCCCAAGGAAACUCAGAGAAAAGUGCUAUUUCGGACUCUCAUAUUAGUCAGUUAAAAACUGUGAUAUUGAUAACCGCAGUAUCAUAGAGCAUAUAAGUUUCGAGAAAGUGGGUCCCCUCUCCUACAUUCCUGAUGAAACUAAAGUCAAGAGAAAUGCAUAUGCAUUCUCAUUGAGUGGCAGAUUCCCUCACAUCACUGAAGUAUACAAAGCCAAGGAACCAAGACCUGGCCCAUAAGAUUAUAAAAUAAAUGAAAAAUUCGUUAAAACAACUAGACAUCAAGAUGUCCUAGCUGGAGGGUAUAGUCCCAAGGAUUACUUUAAAGCUAAUAAAAACCCAGGCCCAGGUGACUAUGAGAACCCUACUUCAAUUGCCGAUCUUACCAGAAAGAGAUCUGAAAAAUUGUCUUCCAAUUUCGCAUCUAGAACAGGUCAAUCAUUCUAUUCUCAUUUACCUUCUGGAGCUGUUAGUCCAAGAGAGUGUGCUUUCUCUCCUCCAAACGCUGGUGAGCCCUUCAGUCACUUUGGAUCAUUGAGAGGCUAUAGAAGACCUACUGAAAGAUAACUGGAAGAAAUCUGGAAUAAAAAUCAAAGAGCUAUCAGUUCAAAGAGAAGCAUGAUCAAUACAGUCGAGAAGUCUAUCCAAAAAUAAUGA